CUCGGAGUUCGGGGGAUCAUGUCAGGCACCAACAGCCCCGAGGCAGUGAAGAAGCUCUUGGAGAAUAUGCAGAGCGACUUGCGGGCCUUGUCACUGGAGUGCAAGAAGAAAUUCCCACCUGUCAAGGAGGCUGCUGAAUCAGGAAUAAUAAAAGUUAAAACAAUAGCUGCCCGAAACACCGAAAUUUUGACAGCAUUGAAAGAGAAUAGCUCAGAAGUUGUCCAGCCUUUUUUAAUGGGUUGUGGAACCAAAGAACCGAAGAUUACUCAGCUGUGUUUGGCAGCCAUUCAGAGACUCAUGUCCCAUGAAGUUGUUUCUGAGACUGCAGCUGGAAAUAUAAUUAACAUGCUUUGGCAGCUAAUGGAAAAUAGUCUUGAAGAACUUAAGCUACUUCAAACAGUUCUUGUUCUUUUAACAACCAAUACAGUUGUUCAUGACGAGGCACUUUCUAAGGCAAUAGUUCUUUGUUUUCGACUACACUUCACAAAAGAUAAUAUUACAAAUAAUACAGCUGCUGCCACAGUGCGACAAGUUGUUACUGUUGUUUUUGAGAGGAUGGUUGCUGAAGAUGAACGACACAAAGAUGCUAUAGAACAACCAGUGCUGGUCCAAGGAAACAGUAAUAGAAGAUCUGUCAGUACACUCAAACCUUGUGCUAAAGAUGCAUAUAUGCUUUUUCAGGACCUUUGCCAAUUGGUUAAUGCUGAUGCCCCUUACUGGCUGGUAGGCAUGACAGAAAUGACUCGGACAUUUGGCCUUGAAUUACUUGAGUCAGUGCUGAAUGACUUUCCACAAGUCUUUUUACAACACCAAGAAUUUAGUUUCCUCCUCAAAGAAAGGGUAUGUCCUCUAGUGAUAAAGCUGUUUUCUCCAAAUAUAAAGUUCAGACAAGGUUCCAGUACUUCAUCUUCCCCAGCACCAGUUGAAAAACCAUAUUUUCCUAUCUGCAUGCGUUUGCUGAGAGUAGUAUCUGUUCUAAUUAAGCAGUUUUACAGCCUUUUGGUAACUGAAUGUGAGAUAUUUCUGUCACUUCUGGUGAAAUUUCUGGAUGCAGAUAAACCACAGUGGUUACGAGCAGUUGCAGUGGAAUCAAUACAUAGACUGUGUGUGCAGCCUCAGCUUUUAAGGUCAUUUUGUCAGUCUUAUGAUAUGAAACAGCAUUCUACCAAAGUUUUCCGUGAUAUUGUGAAUGCACUGGGAUCAUUUAUCCAGUCAUUGUUUCUUGUCCCUCCUACUGGAAAUCCAUUGGCUACAACAAACCAAGCUGGAAACAAUAACUCAGGUGGCCCAGUCUCAGCACCAGCAAACUCAGGAAUGUUGGGAAUUGGUGGAGGUGUUACUUUACUACCAGCAUUUGAAUAUAGAGGGACUUGGAUACCUAUUUUGACUAUAACAGUUCAAGGAAGUGCUAAAGCCACCUACCUAGAGAUGUUGGAUAAAGUUGAGCCUCCAACUAUACCUGAAGGUUAUGCCAUGUCUGUAGCAUUCCAUUGUUUGUUAGACCUUGUUCGUGGAAUAACUAGUAUGAUUGAAGGAGAGUUAGGAGAGGCAGAAACAGAAUGUCAGACUACCACUGAAGCAGCUUCUUCUCCAGCACCGUCAUCAGUACAGCAAGAUUUACAGUCUACAUCAGACCAAACGGAUAAAGAAAUAGUUAGCAGAGCCGUCUGGGAGGAAAUGGUGAAUGCCUGCUGGUGUGGUCUUCUUGCUGCACUCUCCCUUCUUCUUGAUGCCAGCACAGAUGAAGCUGCCACUGAGAAUAUUUUAAAAGCUGAACUGACUAUGGCUGCUCUCUGUGGAAGGCUGGGCCUUGUAACUUCAAGAGAUGCCUUUAUAACUGCAAUAUGCAAAGGUUCCUUGCCUCCUCAUUAUGCUCUUACUGUUUUGAAUACCACCACUGCAGCUACACUUUCCAGUAAAUCAUAUUCCAUUCAAGGUCAAAGUGUUAUGAUGAUAAGUCCAUCAAGUGAAUCUCACCAGCAAGUUGUGGCAGUAGGUCAGCCUCUAGCAGUCCAGGCUCAAGGGACAGUGAUGCUAACUUCCAAAAAUAUCCAGUGUAUGCGGACAUUACUUAACUUGGCACACUGCCAUGGAGCUGUUCUUGGAACAUCAUGGCAACUUGUCUUGGCAACUCUACAGCAUCUUGUAUGGAUUCUAGGAUUAAAGCCUAGCAGUGGUGGUGCCUUGAAACCUGGGAGAGCUGUAGAAGGCCCCAGUACAGUUCUAACAACAGCUGUGAUGACAGAUUUACCAGUGAUUUCCAAUAUACUUUCAAGAUUGUUUGAAAGCUCACAGUAUCUUGAUGAUGUAUCAUUGCAUCAUUUAAUAAAUGCGCUUUGCUCCUUAUCCCUAGAAGCAAUGGAUAUGGCCUAUGGAAAUAAUAAGGAACCUUCUCUUUUUGCUGUUGCCAAAUUGUUAGAAACAGGCCUUGUUAACAUGCACCGAAUAGAAAUUUUAUGGAGACCUCUAACUGGCCAUCUACUUGAGAAGGUCUGCCAGCAUCCAAACUCUCGAAUGAGAGAAUGGGGAGCAGAAGCUUUAACUUCACUUAUUAAAGCAGGACUAACGUUUAGUCAUGAUCCUCCACUUUCAAAAAAUCAGAGGCUGCAGUUGCUUCUACUGAAUCCAUUAAAGGAGAUGUCCAAUAUUAACCAUCCUGACAUCCGGCUCAAACAAUUGGAAUGUGUAUUGCAGAUUCUGCAGAGUCAGGGAGACAGUCUUGGGCCUGGAUGGCCAUUAGUGCUUGGAGUCAUGGGAGCAAUCAGAAAUGAUCAAGGAGAAUCCUUGAUCCGAACUGCAUUCCAAUGUCUUCAGUUGGUUGUUACAGACUUUCUACCAACAAUGCCUUGCACUUGCUUGCAGAUAGUUGUAGAUGUUGCAGGUAGCUUUGGACUUCAUAACCAAGAGCUUAAUAUUAGUUUAACUUCAAUUGGUUUAUUGUGGAAUAUUUCAGAUUAUUUUUUCCAAAGAGGGGAAACUAUUGAAAAAGAGUUAAAUAAGGAAGAAGCAGCACAGCAAAAGCAGGCAGAAGAGAAAGGAGUGGUCUUAAAUCGGCCAUUCCAUCCUGCACCACCGUUUGAUUGCUUGUGGUUAUGUCUUUAUGCCAAAUUGGGUGAACUAUGUGUGGACCCCCGACCUGCUGUUAGGAAGAGUGCUGGGCAGACUCUGUUUUCUACAAUUGGUGCACAUGGAACUCUCUUACAACAUUCAACGUGGCACACUGUUAUUUGGAAGGUUCUCUUUCAUCUUCUGGACCGAGUUCGAGAGUCGUCUACCACUGCAGACAAAGAAAAGAUUGAGUCAGGUGGUGGAAAUAUUCUUAUUCAUCACUCAAGGGAUACAGCAGAGAAGCAGUGGGCCGAGACAUGGGUGUUAACAUUGGCUGGCGUUGCCCGAAUCUUCAACACUAGAAGAUAUUUACUGCAACCUUUAGGAGAUUUUUCCAGAGCAUGGGAUGUUCUUCUUGACCACAUACAAUCAGCAGCACUCAGCAAAAACAAUGAAGUCUCAUUAGCUGCUCUGAAAAGCUUCCAGGAAAUUUUACAAAUUGUGUCCCCUGUCAGAGACUCAGAGAAGCCUGAGACACCACCUGCAGUUAAUGUACCUGUGCCUGCCCUUAUAGGAUCCAUAUCAGGCCCUACACUGAGCAGGCCAUUUGUAAGAACAGAUUCCAUUGGAGAACGACUUGGAAAAUACAGUAACCCAGAACCACCUAUAGUUAAUGAUGAGCUUGAAGAUUUGAAUCUUUGGUGGGCUGCAUGGAAUACCUGGUAUAAAAUCGGAUCUGAAAGCACUAAGCCUCCUAUUACUUUUGAUAAACUAACUUUCAUUCCCAGCCAGCCUUUUCUUACAGCUUUAAUUCAGAUAUUCCCUGCUCUCUACCACCACAUAAAAACUGGUUUCAACAUGGACGACUUGCAGAAGUUGGGAGUCAUAUUGCACAGUGCUGUUUCAGUCCCAAUAAGCUCAGACGCAUCCCCUUUUAUUCUUCCAUCUUACACUGAAGCAGUUUUGACAAGUUUACAGGAAGCUGUGCUUACAGCUUUAGAUGUUCUCCAAAAGGCCAUCUGUGUAGGACCAGAAAACAUGCAGAUAAUGUAUCCAGCUAUAUUUGACCAGUUACUGGCAUUUGUGGAAUUUUCCUGUAAACCUCCACAGUAUGGACAACUGGAAACAAAGCACAUUGCAAAUGCAAAAUAUAAUCAGAUCCAACUAUUUGCACCGGCGGAGUGGGUAGCCUUGAAUUAUGUACCGUUUGCUGAAAGGUCUUUAGAAGUAGUUGUGGAUUUAUAUCAAAAAACAGCCUGUCACAAAGCAGUGGUGAAUGAGAAAGUACUCCAGAACAUUAUUAAGACUCUUAGGGUUCCUCUCAGUUUGAAGUAUUCCUGUCCUUCUGAAAGCACAUGGAAACUAGCAGUUACUUCUCUCCUUAAGGUUCUUUCUAUUGGUCUCCCAGUUGCUCGGCAACAUGCUUCUUCUGGAAAAUUUGACAGUAUGUGGCCAGAACUGGCCAAUACUUUUGAAGACUUUCUCUUUACUAAAAGCAUGCCUCCAGAUAAUCUCUCUAUUCAAGAGUUCCAAAGAAAUGAAAGUAUUGAUGUUGAGGUAGUUAAGCUUAUCAGCACUGAGAUACUACCUUAUGCCAAUUUUAUUCCCAAGGAAUUUGUUGGUCAGAUAAUGGCUAUGCUUAAUAAGGGUUCAAUACAUUCUCAGUCCUCUUCAUUUACAGAAGCAGAGAUUGAUAUUCGAUUGAGAGAAGAGUUUUCUAAAAUGUGUUUUGAAACAUUGCUUCAGUUUUCCUUCAGUAAUAAAGUCACAACACCUCAAGAAGGCUACAUCUCACGAAUGGCACUUUCAGUACUUUUAAAGCGGUCCCAAGAUGUAUUACGUCGCUAUAUAGAGGAUGAAAGAUUAAGUGGCAAAUGCCCUCUUCCAAGGCAACAAGUAACAGAGAUCAUAUUUGUCUUAAAAGCAGUCAGUACUCUCAUUGAUUCACUUAAGAAAACUCAGCCUGAAAAUGAGCUGCCAUUUGCAGAACUUAGCAUUGUUUGUGUCAGUGACUCUCCUGUCAAAGUUGGCCUGUUUUUGCUGAGUCUUUAG